AUGAAACUCGAAUUGGAAACAGUUGAGUUGGAUGAUGUGACUCGACUUGAAAGUAUCAUAAAUGAUCAAACUGAACAAAUCGAGCAAUUACAAUUGAGUCCACACGAUCGUUUUGAUCGCGCGUUGAAAUUAAUUUCUCUUGCUAAAGAAGAUUUUCAUUUCCGUAAUGUUUCUUCAUCGGAUCCCGCUGCUUUGUCCGACAAUGAUCGAACAAUGCGUUGUCCAACUUUCAAACGUCAUGAACAUCAUGAUCUCGCUAAUCAUACGCUUUCAUUUGGUAUCACUAAAUCUACGCAAAUGAUUGAAACAUCGACGGGCAAACAAGCGAUCGUCACAACUAAUCAAGGUUUUUUCCCCAAAACUAAACGUUAUCAAUUAGUUCGAUUCGAACUUCAUUUCUCCGGUCCGAUCAAUGAAAGAGAUACGUUUCUUGUGGGAGUCGUCAGUGAACCGGAUACAAAAGAGUGGAGUGCAUCGCAACCUCCAGCUGGAAGUUGGAUUUUCGAUGUUUGUAGUGGUUCGAUUCAAUAUCCAUCCGGUGAUACACGUCCUUAUACGUGUUCUCUGAGAAAAUUAAAUAAAAUUCGUUAUGUAGAUAUUCUAUUGGAUACUCAACAUAAUCGUGUAGCAUUUCGUUUGGACGAUCUGACUGAAGAUCAAUGGGCGUUUUGUUUACCUAAACAAAUACAAAUUGAACAAUUGUUUCCUUUUAUUCUUCUGAAUACGAUGAAUCUUUCAGUAUCAAUUGCUCAAAAUGAAUAA